AUGUCCACCUUGGGGAUUCCAAUGUCAGGUUCUAGGGCUGGGCUGGAAUGCUAGCCUUCAGAAUUCGAAUAGACCGUCCACUAUGUCAUUGGCGAAGUAACUAGUCUUUGCACUAUAGCGUCUCCUGUCCUAUUCCGUCAUCAUACAACCUACUUCAGAAACUCGCGGUGUUCCAGAUGACGUUACCGCCAGAUCCCAGCACGGUCACGUCGUGGCAGCACCAGAUUCCCUGGUGGUUGACCCUCGUGCCAUGGGCUGGAAUAGCGGCCGGCACGCUGCUCCUUGCGUAUCGCCUGGUGUACGCGCCGUACCGCAUCGUGCGGCAGUGCAAGAAGCAAGGCAUUCCGUUCCUGCCGUUCAAGCCUUUCAUUGGUCAAGCGCUCGACCUCUACAGCCCUCCCCCGCCUUCUGCUCCGCCCUCCCCCGACCAACCUCCCCCGUCUGACUUCCCCUCCUCCCCCCCCUCCCCCGACUCGCCCCCCUCCACCCACGGCCCCGCUGUGUUCAUUCCGCGGCUGCACGAGUGGCGCCAGCAGUACGGGGACGUCGUUGGGUUCACUGUAGGGGGGACGGUGCAGCUGCUUGUUACGGAUCCUUCACUAGUGAGACAGGUCCUCCUAUCCAGCAGUGGUCGCUACACCAAGACGGCGGGGGCGCGCAAGGCGCUCAGGCUGCUGGGGAAGGGCCUGCCUCUCUCAGAAGGCUCGCUGUGGGCCAAACAGCGGCGCAUUGUGAACCCCGCCUUCCGACCUGCUGCUAUCAAGGAGAUGGUUGGCAUCAUGGACCAGCAGGGUCGCCUCCUGGCCCACACGUGGCAGGCACAGAUGCAGCAGCAGAACGUGGCACAGGGGGAGGGGCUGUCGUCUACCAGCCGUGACAGUAAAGAGGGGAGAGGGGAGGGAGGGCAGGAGCGUGCUUAUAUAAAGGGUGCUUCAAUGGAGGUGGAUGUGCAGGAGAGCAUGUCGAGUGUGGCUCUGGAUGUGAUCGGCCUGGCGGCGUUUGGAUCCACUGUGAUGCACGAGGGCGGAAAGGAGGGCGGACAGGAGUAUGGGGAAGGGAAGGAGGAUGGCAGACUCGUGGAUGGAGAAGGGGGUCGGGAGAACAGGGAACGAGUGGGCAAGGCAGAUGCAGCAGCAGCAUAUGCAGCAGAUGCAGCCCCAGAUCCAGUGGCGCUGUACAACGCGCUGUCGAAGCUGGCAGAGCUGGGCGCCAAAAUGGUCUUCUCCUGGCGCUCCCUCGUGCCCUGCUACGACAUCUUGCCACUUCCAGAAAACUUCGCCCUCUGGGCAGCGGAGACGAAAAUCCGCAACCUGACCCUGCACCUCAUAGGCAAGAGGCGGGCAGCACUGCAUGGCCAAGGGGGUUCCACAGGGCGUGCAGCGCGAGACCUGCUGGCGCUGAUGCUGGCGGCGCAUGACGAGGCGGGCAAUGAGCAGAUGACGGACCAGCAGCUCGUGGACGAAUGCAUCACCUUCCUCCUCGCUGGCCAUGGCACCACGGCGCGCCUGCUGACGUGGACUUUCUACCUGCUGGCGAAGCAUCCUGACUGGCAGGAGCGGCUGAGAGCAGAGCUCAAGGAGGCGCUGACUCAGCAGAGGGCAUCUGACGCAUCAGCAGGUGGAACAGCAGCAGGAGCAGGGGCAGAGGCAUGUGGAGGGGACGCAGGAGGAGGGAAAGGAGGAGGGGAGGCAGGAGAGCGAGUGACAUGGGAGGUGGUGGCGGCGCUGAAGGCCAUGGGCAUGGUGCUGAAUGAGAGCCUGCGCAUGUUCCCUCCGGUCUCCUUCAUCGGCCGCACAUGCCAACAGACGUGCAGGCUGGGUCCGUAUGACGUGCCCAGAGGAACGGAUGUGCUCAUCCCCAUUGCCAUGCUGCACUAUGACUCGCGCUUCUGGGGAGACGAUGCCUUGGACUUCAACCCAAACCGCUUUGCCAAAGGUCCAGACGAAGCCUGCUCUCAUCCCCAGGCAUUCCUCCCCUUCGGUUCGGGUCCUCGCAUUUGCAUCGGCAACACGUUUGCUCUUACCGAAGCUAAGGUGGUAUUGGCGCACAUCCUUCGGCAAUUCUCGUGGCGCCUCUCACCGGCAUAUAAGCACUUCCCCAUCAGUGCUGUCACCCUGCGAGCUGGAUUUGGUAUGCACCUCAUAGUCGAGCCGCUGGCAAACCCCUUUUGAAGUUCAGGGCAUACAAUAAAGAGUUGAGGAGGCUACUGAGUACUCCUUCCCAACUACAGUAAUAGCCUAGUAGCCAAGUCCUAGGAAGUGUGACGGGUGUGUUAAACUAAGCUAGGUAGGAGGGAAGCCAUGGAAUGGCGUGAGGUUUAGGAAGGAAAAAGUUGACGAGAGAAAAGAGGUCAGACUAGAAAGAGAGGAAUACAAGGAGGGGAUUGUACCCUCUACAGUAGAGUCCGAUAACCUACCAAACCUACACAAAUAUAUAUAUAUAUAUAUA